AUGGACUCGGACCCUGCCAGCGUUGGCACCCAUUGUUCUGUUCCAUCAUGCAAUACACUUGAUUUUCUUCCUAUUCGCUGUCGCUGCGAUCGCAACUUCUGCACAAUUCACGCACCGGCCGAUGUACACCAAUGCACAUUCGUCUGGCACAGUGCUCCUGACCCCGAGUCAUCAAUAAAACGCGAACGUUGUGCCGCUCCAUCUUGCAACAAGCCUACUCUUGGGUCUUCCGGUCCACAUGGUGGUGAAUUAUCUUCGGGGGCAAGCAAUAGUUGUCGCCUCUCCUUCUGCGUGGAUCAUCGCCACCCUGACACGCAUUCUUGCUCUGCUCUGGCGGCACCCCAGAAACUCGCCCAAGAAAAGGAAGUGUCUAUCCAUGUGAAACACCACACGUCGGCUUCAGCAGCUAACGCGCGUCUACCCCCAUCUGUAACGCGAUCUUCAUCCAAGUUGUCUUCCGAUCCGAAAAAAGCUGCUAUGAUCAGGAAGGUUGCUCUCAUGAAGUUGCGUCACCGUGCAGUCCCUGCAGAUCCCAAAGAUUCUGCUUCCACUGUUCCUCUAGAUCAACGCCUGCACGUCACGUUAAAGUAUGAGCCAAUCGAGUCUUCGACUCAAGGGAGCAAAGCAGACAAAAUCGUCUGGUUUCGUAAGGCAAGUGAACCCCAAUGA